CCCCUAGAUCGAGCUGUCACAACAUUUCACUUCUGACAACACUGCUCUCCACACGCAGCUUCUGAGCGCGUUGCGCAGGGCUGGCAUAACUCGAGACUUCCCCCGCAUUACACAACGUGAAAAAGAAAUCGUUUCUUUUGUUUUUUGAGGAGCUUUGACUGGUGUUUGAGAAUUUAUUUGGAAAUUUCCAAAGCAUUUUGUCGUGUGUUUGUGGUACAGGCGCUAAUCGUGGAGCACAGCACAUUCAUAGCAAGAUUGCACAAGCGGAAGAAUGGAGCAAAGCGAGAGGAAAGUGAACCCCGCUUGUCUGGAAAGACAUUACUUGGCUCUGACUGUGGACGAUGUUUACGACGCUGCCAAGCUGAUCGGGGUCGAGGUAGAAAAAUUAAUCGACUGCCACGGCAAGGAGAGCGCCGAGGGUCUGGUGCCCAAAAUAGUGAAAGUUUUGGAGCUGCUAGAGAGCUUCGCCGCCAGGAACAACACUCCCGAGAAGGAGCUGCUUCGAGCCUUCGAGACACUGCAGGUCCAGCAGCAGAGGAAAAAAACGGCGAAGGAAGCCGAGGACAGAGCCGGCAGAAGCGAAAUCAGGGACCUGGAGUUGAAGGAGCAGAAAUGGCGUAAGAAAGCAGAGGAUAUGCAAGUUCAGGUGAGCCAGCUCCGAGAGCAGAACCAGCAGCUCCUGAGCCAGCUCACCUGCAACCACUCCCAGGAAGACAGCACCCUGAGGAAGGAGCGCGAGAUCAUGCUGAAGCUGAAGGAGGUGGUCGAUAAACAGAGGGAUGAGAUUCGAGCUCAGGGCCAGGAGAUCUCCAGCAGGACCAGGGAGGUGGAAGCGCUGCAGGAGCAGCUGGAGCGCUUCAUGAAGAUGAACGGGGACCUGCGGCACAAGCAGUCCGUCGCCCAGGCGCAGGUGAAGAGCGCGGUGGAGAGGAAGGCUGACCUGGAGGCCGACCUCAAGGCGAGGGAGAAGGAGAUCGAGAGGCUGAGCGCCAGCCUGAGGGAGCUGCAGCAGGAGGGAGCCCAGGUGGUUCUGAAGAACAUGGAGAUGGACCUCACUGAUAAGAUGGUGAUCGACCUGAAGGACCCCAACAGACCCUGUUUCACCAAACAGGAACUGAAGCAGAUCCUGGUGGAGAGGAACGAACUCAAAGCCAACCUCUUCCUGGUGCAGGAGGAGCUGUGCUACUACCAGAGGGAGAUCCUGAAUGAUGAACGUUGCCCUGGCUUCCUCAUGGAGGCGGUCAGUGCUGCCAUCAAUAAGCAGAGGAGGAAGAUCAAAGCCAAGAUGCUGGGCAUCCCGGAGGGAGAGUGCAGCAGUGAUGAGGAGGAGCGAGGAUCCUUCCUCUCUGGGAGGGAGACUGGGAUGGACUGUAUUGAUGGCAAGCCUGCAGAGUCCCGGAUCAGAAACCUGUUUGGAAUCCUGUCCCGUCAAGGGAGUGGGAAGAGAUCUCCUGAGCCGAAGCAGCCUGCGGGAUCAUGGGAAAUCAUUGGAGCAGAAGAAGCAACGCAGUCUCCCAACACAGAACCCAGCUCACCAAAAUGAGGAAUUCUACUAUAUAUGUGUAUAUAAUAUUUAUAGAUGUAUAUUAUUCAGAAUUUAAAAAAAAUAAAAUAAAUAACAUUUAGUCUAUUUUUCUGGCCUCUAGAUGGCGUGUGUCUUUUAUAAAGAAAUAAAAAAAAAUGUGUGAGAUCACUUUGAUCUCAUUGGAGUGGCAUGCAGAGAAAGCACUAUAAAGGGGUGUGUGCGUGUGUGCAUGUGCGCGAGCGUGUGUGUGUGCUUUUAGUAUUAUUUUUUUAUCACUUGCUUGGUUAACAUGCUGCCUUGAAUUUGAUGCGGUUAAUUGAUCAGUCAUGAUCCCCAGUUUGGAGGUCAAAUAGAUGAUAUGUACUGUGUUGAAUUCCCCCAUUAGUUCUAACUGUAAAUAUGUAAAAAUGUACAGCUGUCAAUAAUGUUAGGCUAAAAAGAAAACAUAUAUAUAAAUAUAACACAAGUGGAGACACCAUGAGUUUGUAAAAUCAGUCCACUAUCACACACCCAUUAAAAAAGAAUUGAGUACGAAUCAGUAUUACCUUUUCUCCACAAGGAGGCAGUGUGCUGCAGUUGCUGGAUCAUGAUGUUGGUUUACUGUAUAGUACAGUACAGUGGGCUGCAAAAAUGCUAAUGACAAUAUUAGUACUGGAAUGAAACGGUUAGGUGAGAAUGGGAUGGAACAGAGAUCACAGGUUGAAGCCAAACAUGAGAAAUUUAAAAACGCAGAGAGAAAACGCGUGUCUCCGGUACUGCAGCCUUGAGAAUAUAAUCUGACAGCGUGUCCGUUUCUUGUGUUUAAUUCCUGUACAGCUGGUUUCACAGUUCCUUGAUUAGCACAGAAUUCCGUAAUCCCAGAUUAAUGCUAAUCACAGACUGAAUUUGGAUCAUUGAUAAUUUGAUAAUUAGUACCCUGCUGUAUCUGGCAGUUCUGUGUUUAUUAUUGUAAAUAUAUCAAUUACAGUAAAAAUCCUCAAUAAAAUAAAAUACAUGUUUGCAUUAAUCACAAAUGAUGGUGGUGCUGUUUUUUUUUCUUUUGAAUUUUUGUUGGAGAAUGUGCAUUGUAUGUAAAGAUGUACUGGAUUGAAAGCAGCUGAGAGGAACAGCCCCCAGACAGACUAAAUCAGGGAGCCUGGACUGGGGGAGCCGUCCUUUCUGUUAGCAUGGGAGGCAGAAGUUCAGUCUCCGUGCCUCGAGCCUGCCUUGGUCUGGAAGGAGGACACUGUCUCUGUGGGUGAGGGAGCAGUUCAGUCUCUGUACUCAUCCAAUCACUGGCUCCUGGAAUCGAGAACCUUCUGCUCGUUAGUGAAGUGCCAGCAGGUUAA